GAGAAUUGUUUUCGGAAACAUGUAUUUAUUGUUCUCAUAUUUCGUGUUUCUUGAGUUUUUGUUUUCACCUAUUUUCUGUUUCAAAACAGGUAGCCAAACGGUAUGCUAUGGUGAUGAAAUCAAUUUUGUUGUUUUGGAAACAGAAAACUGUUUCCAAAACAGGUUGCCAAACAGGCUCAUAAUGUUCAAUUUCUAAGUCCUAGUUCUCUCUCGCUCAAAAAUUGGCCAUCAAUCAUGUCAAGCAAACUACGUGUAGCUACUGCACGUAGCGCCUUAUAAAGCAGUUGAUUAGAAUGCUAUAGGAUGGAAGACCCAAGUGAGGAGUGGAAGAUUGAAGAACACUCAGCUGAAGCCAAUUGUGGCAAGGUGAGAUGGAUUUUGAACAUGGGACUGAUAGUAGGAAGGAAGAUUUUGAUAGCGGGUAUUGUAGUUUCAUCCACGCCAAUAGUUCUUCCUCCAAUAUUGGCUAUUACAGCUAUUGGGUUUGCUCUUUCAGUCCCUUCUGGGUUCCUCUUGGCAAGCUAUGCUUGCUCUGAAAUGCUUAUGAGAAAGUUGCUCCCAUCUAAUGAUGAAGAAGAAGUAUAUUGGGAUGAAGAAGAGGAAGAGGAAAGCGUGGGGUUUGGAGGAGAAGAUUAUUAUAUGGAAAAAGAGGAAGAAGAGCUCAUGGAGGAAACAAAGAGAAGGGUUGAGAUGAGAAUUGAAUUACUUGAGGAGGAAGUUGAGGAAAACAAAGAAAAUGAAAUAUUAUUUCAAGAUAAGGAUGUCUAUGGCAGGGGGGAGAUAAAAGGAGAAGUGGAAGAAUUGAAAGAGGUGGAAUCAGUUGUAGAGAUUGGAGAUGUAUUAGAAGGAAAAAGUUUGUACAAUAAUGUACAAGCCGAGAAACCAAUAGUGGUAGUAAGUGAAACGAUAAAGAUGAAACCAGAGAUGAGGAAAGGGAAGGAUGUUGAUAACAUUAUAGAAGCAGAGAUACCAGUAGGACAUGGAAAUGAGGAGCAGAAACCUGUGUUAGACAAGACAGCUGUGUUUCAAGCAGGAAGAGCAGAGGAUAUAUAUAACUCUGUUACUCAUGAUGUAGCUCUGGAUUUCCAAUUGAAUAAGAAUAAGGGAAAUGUGCUUUCCUCAAAUACAGAUGAAAGAGAGGUUGCUGAUGAAAGUGGAUUGGAUUUGUUUGAUGAAAAAAUUGUUGCUGGUCAGUACUACUCUUAUGUAGUUCAUGGAAAUGCUAAAGAGUCAUCAAUGGGCAGCAAGGCUACAAAAUCUGUGGAGCUUCCUGUUUCAGCUGUAGUUCAUGAGUCUAGUCAUAAUGGACUUCCAUCUGAGAAAGACAUUACUUUUCCUUCUAGUGAGGUGCAGGGAAUGUACAAUGAGGAGAAGAUAUGGGAAAAGAUAGAGGCCAUGCGAAGUAUAGUAGGCUAUAAAGCCAUGCCCCAGAGAACGUGCAUAGAGGAAGUAAAAGCUCUCUACAUCUUCACUGGAGUGGAGCCGCCUACCUCAUUCAAGGACCCCUCUGAUCUUGGAGAAGUUUCUCACAGGCUUCACUUCCUCAUGUCCAUUGUUGGAGUCAAGUAGGAUUACGGCACUCGAUUCUGCUGGAUGUUUAAUUAAUGGAGGACUUUUAUCCGUCUUUUUAGCUGUAUUGAAGAUCCAAAGAGCAUUAAAUGUUAAUCAUAGGGUAGUGCAUCACUACAAGGGGCCCAAUGUGCCUUGGAGUUUUACACUUGUAGUGCACUUGUUGUAAUUCUAACAUUUUCCU